AUGCCCAUUGGGCCUGGGCUGGAGUGGGCAAGCCUCGUAAAUAUCACCAUCGACAUGGGUUUCCAACUUCCCUCCAAUUCUACCUGUAAUGCACUGCGAUUCCGGGGCCCUACCAUGGAGCCACCUACAAUGUACGGACACUCCCAGCCCCUGAACAUGCCCCCACAGAUCUCUGCGGCCGAAAGCGACGACGGCUCUGGCGCCGACCCCACCCUCGACGCCCACCAUCACCUUCACUACGACACGCACGCGCUCGAAGACGGUGCCGCCGGGGGCGUCGUCGUUGUCGAGGAUGUCACCUCGGAUGCGGUUUACGUCUCCGGUGGUGGAGGCCCCGAAGAGUCUAGCCAGCUUACGCUUUCGUUUCGUGGCCAAGUUUACGUCUUCGAUGCCGUUACGCCUGAUAAGGUUCAAGCCGUGUUGUUACUGUUGGGUGGAUGUGAACUGUCUUCGAGUGGUUCGCCAUGUGUGGAUGCGGUGCCUCAACAGAAUCAGAGGGGUUCCAUGGAAUAUCCUGCAAGAUGUAGUCUACCACAACGAGCUGCCUCGUUAGAUAGGUUCAGGCAGAAAAGGAAAGAGCGAUGCUUUGAUAAAAAAGUGAGAUAUAGUGUACGGCAAGAAGUUGCGCUCAGGAUGCAUCGCAAUAAGGGUCAAUUCACUUCUUCUAAGAAACAAGAUGGAGCUAAUAGUUAUGGUACAGACCAAGAUUCAGGACAGGAUGAUAGUCAAUCAGAAACCUCAUGCACACAUUGUGGGAUUAGUUCAAAAUCGACCCCAAUGAUGCGGCGAGGGCCAUCUGGUCCAAGGUCACUUUGCAAUGCUUGUGGACUUUUUUGGGCAAAUAGGGGUGCUUUGAGGGACCUUUCCAAGAGAAAUCAUGAACACUCUCUUGCACCGGUUGAGCAGGUUGAUGAAGGUAACGACUCAGAUUGUCGGACUGCCACCAAUCCUGCGCAUGACAAUCAUGGUGCAUACUCAGAGCAUGAUAAUCCAGCAUUGGUUGCUGAUCGUAAAGUUUUCCAGUCUCAGAAAAUGCUGGAGUAG